CACACCCAUUUUACCACCUUCCUUUACAAAGUUCUUGUCUGUCUUCUUUGAUCCUUUUUCCUCUUUUCUAGACUUUAUUACAAAGAAACUUCCUGUGAUACUAAUACCAUUUUAGCUACUUUGCUAAUUGAAAAACAGUAAGAUACUUUUAUAUUCUCAUUCUAAGCUACAUUACAUAUUUAAAUUUUUUCUAGAGAGAGAAGUUGAAAAAAAUGGCAGGAGGUGGCGGAGGAGCUGGCCCACAACCAAAACAGGAUGAAUUACAACCUCAUCCAGUGAAAGAUCAACUUCCUGGAGUUUCUUACUGUAUUACUAGUCCACCUCCAUGGCCUGAGGCUAUUUUACUUGGAUUUCAACAUUACUUGGUUAUGUUAGGGACAACAGUGCUAAUUCCAACUUACUUGGUUCCCCAAAUGGGAGGAGGACAUGAGGAGAAAGCUAAGAUGAUUCAAACCUUGCUAUUUGUUGCUGGUUUGAACACAUUGUUUCAGUCGAUGUUCGGUACACGUUUGCCAGCAGUUAUUGGGGGUUCUUAUACAUAUGUUCCCACCACAAUUUCUAUUGUUUUGGCGGGUCGUUAUAGCGGCAUUGUGGAUCCUCAGGAGAAAUUUAAUAGGAUCAUUCGAGGAAUUCAAGGAUCCCUUAUUGUUGCUUCGACUUUACAAAUUGUUCUUGGAUUUAGUGGCUUGUGGCGGAAUGUAGUAAGGUUCUUAAGUCCACUGUCUGCUGUUCCUUUGGUAGCCCUUACGGGAUUUGGCUUGUAUGAAUUGGGUUUUCCUGGGGUUGCAAAAUGUGUCGAGAUAGGGCUGCCACACAUUGUCGUUAUACUUAUCUUUUCACAGUACUUACCUAGUCUCAUGCAUGGAGAAAGACAUGUCUUUGACCGCUUUGCCGUUCUGUUUUCGGUUGCCAUUGUGUGGAUUUAUGCUGAACUACUUACUGUUGGAGGUGCUUACAAGCAUAGGUCCCUGACAACUCAAAUGAGUUGCAGAACCGAUCGUGCUGGGAUUAUAGGUGGUGCUUCUUGGAUAAGUAUUCCUUAUCCAUUUCAAUGGGGAGCUCCAACUUUUGAUGCUGGAGAGGCAUUUGCAAUGAUGAUGGCUUCAUUUGUCGCCCUUGUGGAGUCUACUGGCUCUUUCAUUGCGGUAUCAAGAUAUGCAAGUGCAACUCCGGUUCCGCCUUCUGUUCUUAGCCGAGGAAUUGGUUGGCAGGGAGUGGGAAUUCUUUUGUCGGGAGUAUUUGGAACCGGCAAUGGUUCAUCGGUAUCAGUGGAGAAUGCUGGUUUGUUAGCGCUGACGCGUGUUGGCAGCCGAAGGGUGGUACAGAUUGCAGCCGGAUUCAUGAUCUUCUUUUCUAUACUUGGUAAAUUUGGGGCUGUAUUUGCUUCAAUUCCACCUCCAAUGGUGGCUGCAUUGUAUUGCUUGUUCUUUGCAUAUGUCGGGUCAGCUGGUCUUGGUUUCCUUCAAUUUUGCAAUUUGAAUAGCUUCAGAACAAAAUUCAUUCUCGGUUUCUCGGUUUUCAUGGGCUUGUCGAUACCGCAAUACUUCAAUGAGUACACGGUGGUAAAAGGAUACGGUCCAGUCCACACACAUGCAAGAUGGUUCAAUGACAUGAUAAACGUUCCAUUCUCCUCGGAGCCUUUUGUUGCCGGACUUUUAGCAUACUUCUUGGAUGUUACACUGCGGAAGAAAGACAGCGCAUCCAGGAAAGACCGAGGCGUGAUUUGGUGGGACCGGUUCCGAUCAUUCAAGUCGGACACAAGAAGUGAAGAAUUCUACUCCUUGCCCUUUAACCUUAACAAGUUCUUUCCAUCUGUGUGAUGUUUCCGAGUGACAGUAGGAAAAGGCAAAAUGUCAAUGUCUAAACUAUUUCCCCCUCGUGUUUAUAACUUAAAUGGUGCAAACCUAUAGCCUUAGUUAUGUAGAUGAAAAAUCCGAAAACAAAAAAUCGAGUAUUUUUUUUUACAUAUAUAUAGUUUUUGGCCUAAAUACUGUCGAUCAUUGUUUCAUGGUAAUCAAAUUAAUUCCAUAUACUUAUAAGUUAAGCUUACAAUUGAGGCUUUUGGGUUAA